UGAAGCACCAGCAGCAUUACUACCAGUAGUUGCAGUAACACCACCAGCAGCAACACCAGCAGGAAAACCAGCAGCAGCAACACCAGCAGGACCAACAGCACACAAGGAAGAAGCAGUAGUAGCACUGCCACUAGCAGCAGGAGCAGCACAAUCAGCAGCAACAAUGUCGAGGCCCGACUACACCCGCAUGUUCCCGCCAUUGUCGUUGGGCUUCGACCUGGAAGUGUUCGUCGAAGAGCCAGAUUUAGAUCGCUUCCAAUGUCCGAUGUGCCUCGGGGUCAUACGCAACCCCGUACUCGUGACAGUAUGUGGACACCAUUUCUGCGAGGACUGCAUCACGGAGUGGCUGAAAAACAGACGAACUUGCCCGUUGGACAAGAGAAAUGUACCUUUUGGAAGAAUUGCAUACAAUUUCGAAAAGUUGAGACAUAUUGGCCAAUUGAAAGUGUUCUGUGAGAGGAAGGAAGUCGGCUGCCCGUGGACAGGCCCCUUAUGUACUUAUGAAUCACACAAGGACAGCGAUAAUUGCCAGAUAGCGUGUUUAUGUGGUUUAUUACGUAGUUGGCGGGAGACGGAACCGCACCAGAACUGUCCCAAAGACACCAUCCGAUGUCCGUUCACCAUACUUGGUUGCGAGCACUCAUGUAUGCGAGAAGAUUUGGAACAGCAUCUUCUGGAGCAGAGCCGUCAGCAUAACGUGUCGAUUGCACUGAACAUGGAUAUUCUUUCCAGUCGCUUGAUGCAGCUUGCAGUAAGCCCUGCGGAACCACAAGAAACUAUUUACACUGAAAUAUUUCAUCGGAUCGAACUUCAUAAUGGCCCUCAAGUCACAAGCGAUCCCUUCUACAGCGGUCCAUGCGGAAGUGGGUAUCGGCUGCGCAUGAUAAUUAAGCCAAGCAAUAGCGCAGAUGGACCGACGGUUUAUUAUAGCAUAAUACAGGGCAGGAAUGAUGAGCAAUUAGCUUGGCCGUUCCGUCACAACGUCAUUGUUCAGUGUCUGCACAUCACUGAGGACCACGUUAUCAAGGAAGCAACGCUUAAACCAUCUAACGACCAGGCGACUAUGAGCCGCCGGUACACCCGUCGGGGAAGACCGAACUUCCUGUCCACGUCCCAGCUGGAGGAAGCGGGCGUGACAACGUAUAAUAUGUUGCGAAUACGCUUCAUCGUGCGGUGGGAUCGGGUUCCUAUACCCCGUCUUGCGUAGACAUCGCGAUAUUCUUUGUUUGUUCGACGAGCAGUCUGGACUUGCUGUAUGUGAUUUUCUUACUAAAAUGUUUGAAGGUGGUAAUCCUGGAAAGCGAACUGUCACUGUAUG